CUGGAUAGUUGUGCGAGGGCAUGUUUCGUAAUUAAUAAGUGAUCAUGUCUAAAAAAUGUGCUGUUAAAGGGUGUGAAAAUCGCUAUAGACAUAGGAAAUCAAAUUUGACUUUUCACCGCAUCCCAAAAGACCCUGAAAUAAGGAAGAAAUGGGUUCUGGCGUGUAAAUCUGAUGAUAGCCGCCGCCGCCAUGACACCGACGCCAGAGUAUGCUGCACGCACUUUGAGGAGUCUUCAUAUGAGCCCACCAGUUUAAAGUAUACACUACUCAAUAUAGCAGUGCCAAAAAAUCAACGACGACUUAAGGCUGGAGCUGUACCAACGAUAUUACUGCCACACCAACAAGAUGAUGAAGCCCAGAAUGGUGCCACAGACAGCUGUGUGACCUCAUCACCUCACACAGGUCAACAUUUUGAGACCAAAGAUGAUGCAGCCCAGAAUGGUGCCACAGACAGCUGUGUGACCUCAUCACCUCACACAGGUCAACAUUUUGAGACCAAAGAUGAUGCAACCCAGAAUGGUGCCACAGACAGCUGUGUGACCUCAUCACCUCACACAGGUCAACAUUUUGAGACCAAAGAUGAUGCAACCCAGAAUGGUGCCACAGACAGCUGUGUGACCUCAUCACCUCACACAGGUCAACAUUUUGAGACCAAAGAUGAUGCAGCCCAGAAUGGUGCCACAGACAGCUGUGUGACCUCAUCACCUCACACAGGUCAACAUUUUGAGACCAAAGAUGAUGCAACCCAGAAUGGUGCCACAGACAGCUGUGUGACCUCAUCACCUCACACAGGUCAACAUUUUGAGACCAAAGAUGAUGCAGCCCAGAAUGGUGCCACAGACAGCUGUGUGACCUCAUCACCUCACACAGGUCAACAUUUUGAGACCAAAGAUGAUGCAGCCCAGAAUGGUGCCACAGACAGCUGUGUGACCUCAUCACCUCACACAGGUCAACAUUUUGAGACCAAAGAUGAUGCAACCCAGAAUGGUGCCACAGACAGCUGUGUGACCUCAUCACCUCACACAGGUCAACAUUUUGAGACCAAAGAUGAUGCAGCCCAGAAUGGUGCCACAGACAGCUGUGUGACCUCAUCACCUCACACGGGUCAACAUUUUGAGACCAAAGAUGGUGCAGCCCCGAAUGAUGCCACAACCAGCUUUGAGAAUGACAGUGUAGGGGAGAAUGAGCUCCACCUUCAGGUUCAGCAGCUGUUACAAGAUAGAACAUCAUUACAAAGAAUAGUUGCAGAAAGAGAAGCGAAGAUAGUUGUUCUUCACAAGGCAAAAAUGAAGAAGGAAAAGGAGUUGAAUGCUAUGGAAAAGGAAAUAGGAAAACUACAAGACAGCUUACGGUGUUCUCAGGACAAAAUAUGCAUAGCCAAGAAGAAUCUUAGCCAAAUGUUCUCACGCUCACAAAUUGAUCAUAUAUUUGCUGAGAAAAUAUUACUAAUUGGAGUGAGGACGAUAUCAGCCGAGCACUAA